AUGUUUCAUCCUGGAAACGUUGUCAAGUCUGGAGCUCCCUCCCCUCCUCCCCUUGCUAGUUCUAUGCUCUUUGCAUUCCUCUUUGUAGCCUCUGCCGCCUUAUCCUCUCUGCCUCAUUCUGUCAGCUUGCCUGACGAACAAUUCCUUGCUAUCUUCCGCCAUGUCCGCCAUGUCAUGACUCGUACCAUCUCAGGUGCUGUAGAAAUGGCCGACCUCUCGCAACUGUUUCCCAGGCUCCUGUCCUGUGACAACGCAACUCGACAACAAGCAGAGCAGGAGUUCUCUCAGCUCCGAGAUCAUGACCUUAACUUCAUCCCCUCUUUGUUCAGAAUGGGGAAGACCAUGGCGGAUCCUCAGAUGCGCAAGAUGUCAAUCGUCCUGUUCCGGCGGAGUGUCACCAGCGAGAGGUGGUCGAAGCUGGACGUGAACACGAGAGGGCAGAUCAAGUCGGAGCUGCUGGAGAGUUUGACGGUAGAGAGCGAGAUGUCAGUCGCGCGCAACAUCUCAGACGCCAUCUCCCGGGUCGCCUCCAUCGCCUCCUCAGCAGUGCCUGCCACCUGCCCUUUUGAGCGAGUCGAUGCUGACGGGAUGUCAGAGGGCUGGUCGGAGAUCCUUCCUUUCGUCUAUAACUGCUGCAAUGACGUGAAAGAAACGACCAAGUCGUUGGGGCUAAACCUCCUGAAGUCCUUGUCCGACGACAUCGGCGAAGACAUCGUCCUCCCAGCGGUCCAGCCUCUUCUGCCCGUGCUCGAAGCUGCCCUGUCCCCGCAGAACUCGCUGGAUGUCAGAUGCAUCUGUCUUUCAACAGUCAGCAGCAUAGCUCCUCACUUGUGUGAUGCCAGGGGCAAGCAGAUGCAGGCCAAGUUGCAGUCCCUGCUGCCGAAGAUGAUCUCUGUACUGCAAGACGCCUUCCAGUCGGGAAGCCGCGACAAGUCUAGGACGUGCCUCUCAGCUCUGAUCGACCUCACCGCUCAAGACCCCGGCUUUGUGAAACCCUCGAUCGAACAGCUUCUCGCGUCUGCGCAUGCCGUCACAGGGAAUGCGGAAGUUGACGAUGAUUUGCGAAGCCUCGCCAUGGAGCUCAUUGUUACUUACGUGGAGAACAAGCCGGCGCUGGCAAGAAAGAUCCCGCAGCUGACGGAGAACUGCCUGCCGGUGAUGAUGUCGAUGGUGGAAGCGAUCGAGGAGGAGGCGGAUUGGUACAAGAAUGUCGGCGACGAGGAAGACAAGGACGAAGUCGAGGAGCUCGUGAGAUACGGCGAAGAGUCGAUGGAGAGAUUCUUCCUUGCCAUGGGAGGAAAUCGAAUUUCAUCCACCGUUGUCUCCAUCAUCUUGAACAAGCUCAACUCAGACAAGUGGCAGCACCAGUACUCUGCCCUGCGAGCCCUCGCGCUGCUCCUCUCCUGUGCCGAGAAGUCUCUCGCCUCCAACAUCCCUCACGUCCUGGAAACAAUCAACAAGUUCAUGGCCGGCGGUAUGCAGAUGGUGACCUGGGCUGCUCUUGGGGCCCUUGCUGCCCUAUGCACCUGCUUCGCCCCCACUGUACAGGAGGAGUACCAUCACGUGGUGCUGCCCUCGCUGCAGCGAUUGAUGUCGAGUUCCCAUGAGAGGAUACGAUCCCGUGCCGCCAAGUGCCUGGUCGAUUUCACGGCAGAGUGCGAGGAGGAGCACGAGGAGAUUCUCCUCAAGUACUCGGACGAGCUCAUUGCCAGCCUCCUGUCCAUCCUCGGAUCGGGCUCCAUCCCCCAGCAGAAGUGUGCCAUCACUGCUGUCUCCUCCCUUGCUUCCGCUCUCAACGAGAACUUCGUGCGGUACUACAAUCACCUCAUGCCUGGCCUGCUCAGCAUCUUGUCGUCCUCCGAUCACAGCGUGGGAGAAGACUACAGGGACCUCUGCGGACGAGCGAUGGAGAGCAUCUCGUGCAUCGCGGAUGCUGUCGGCACUGAGCACUUCUCCAAGGACGCCCCAGCCGUCAUGAACCUGCUGAUGUCCUUCCACGAGAGGAACCAGACGGGGGAUGCUCAGAUGUCCUACUUCCUCCAGGCGUGCUGCCGCAUCUCAAGGAGCAUGGGCCAGUCCUUCCUCCAGUACCUCCCUCAUCUCCUCCCCCAGGUCUAUGGAUACGCUGGUCUGGACCCCAAGUUGGACAUGCAGGAAGCAGAUCAGGAGGAGGGAGAGAUGGACGGGGAGGCGACGAUCGUAAGCAUCAAGGGGAUGGGCAAGAUGCGAGUCAGCAUCAACAUCAAGGAGCUCGAGGACAAGGCCCUCGGCUUCAACGUGCUGGCCGCCCUUGCCGAGUCUCUCAAGGAGAACUUCCUCCCCGAGCUCAAGAGAGCCUCUGAGAUUCUCAUUCCCGGUCUCACCUACAAGCUCUCCACCUCCGUUCGCAGGGCAGCCGUCGACUCCAUGCCGAAGCUGCUGGUGUGCGCUCGUGCCGGUAUGGAGAAGGGGAUGAUGAGCGAGGGCGACUUGGUCCUGCUGAUGGGACAGAUGUGGCCGUUCUUGCUGCAGGCAUGCCUGGUGGAGACCGAGGUGGACGAGCAAGAAAACAUCCUGACCAACAUCGCUGAGUGUCUCGACGCCUGCAUGGCAUCGUCCUUGGAUGACCAGCAGCUCGCACGGCUGUGCGAGACCAUCAAGAUGAUCGUGGACGACAUUGUUGCCUCUCCCUCACAAGAGGAGGAGGAGGAGGAGGAGGAGGAGGACACGAUGAUGAUGACCAUGGUCGAGGUCAUCUCCAGCGCUCUCAAGGUGUUCAAGUCAAGGUUUGCCCGCAAGAUGCAAACGUCUCUCCUCCCCGUCUACGGUCAAGUUCUCUCUAACGCCAAGUCACUGGACAUGCACAAGUGUGCCGCUCUCAACUGCCUGUGCGAGGUGAUGGAACACGGCGAAGAUGUUGCUCGCUCCAACCUCAACAACAUCGCCGCUGCAUGCUUGCAGUUCAGCUGCCAUGACGACGCCGCUGUCCGACGAUCAGCUUGCUUCGGUCUUGCCGUCUGUGCGGAGAGGGGAGGCGACGGGUUCGCACCUUUCAUCCCCAAGGCACUGGAAGUGCUACAUGCUGUCGCUACUCACCCGAGCUCGAGGGAGGAGGGAAAUGGCGAGGCAACAGACAACGCGGUCGAUGCCGUCGGCCGCAUCUGCAAGUUUCAGAUCAAGACAGCCAACGCAGGAGAGAUUCUUCCCACGUGGGUCUCGUGGCUGCCCAUCAAGGAUGACGUGGACUGCGCCAAGACCUGUCACGCCUACCUCGCCGAGCUGCUCGAGCUGCAGCACCCAGCUGCCGUUCAGCAGCCCCUCGUGCUGGGGAAGGUGCUGGAGGCGGUUCGAUCUCAGGAGGAUCUCGCGGACAGUGAGGUCCGAGCCCGCCUCCUCGCGACACCUCUCCCUUGA